UCUUCUAUGCCCGCUAUACUCAUGUCAACAAAAAAUAAAAAGUAAAGAAACCCUUAUGUCAAAAAUCUGCCGACCGCCACAUGUCACGGUAGAAAUUACAUUUAAAUUUAAUUAUUUUUACAAAUAAAUCAUAAAAAAAACAUGAAACCUCUUAUGCUACAAGGGCACGAGCGUGCCAUCACGCAGAUCAAGUACAACCGUGAAGGAGACUUGCUGUUUUCAGCAGCGAAGGAUUCCAAGCCAAAUGUGUGGUGGUCCUUGAACGGAGAACGUUUGGGCACUUUCAACGGCCACGGUGGUGUGGUUUGGUGCCUCGACGUAGAUUGGCAGACGAUAAACUUGAUCACGGGUGGAGGUGACAGUUCCUGCAGAUUAUGGGACUUGGAAACAGGGAAGAAUAUAGCUACAAUAAAGACAAAUUCAUCUGUGAGGACAUGUAACUUCAGCUUCAGUGCCUACCAGGCCGCAUACACCACAGAUAAGGCUAUGGGACAUCCCUGUGAGGUCUUUAUCAUCGACACCAGAACUAUUGAUGACUCCAUUUCCACUCAAGCACCAAUCCUAAAGUGGGAGAUCACAGACUCGAAGGUCACCUCAAUGGUGUGGGGAACACUGGAUGAAACCAUCAUCACAGGUCAUGAAAGUGGAGAUCUCAAUCAGUGGGAUCUUAGGACUGGCAAAAAAGUGCAUUCUAUCAAAGAGCACACACAUCAAAUCAAUGACAUGCAGCUGUCCCGAGAUGCUACCAUGUUCAUCACUGCUUCCAAAGACCAGACAGCCAAACUGUUUGACACCAGCUCUUUGGAACUACUCAAAGAGUACAAAACUGAGCGACCCGUGAAUUCUGCUGCUCUCAGUCCUAUCCUAGACCAUGUGGUGCUUGGUGGUGGUCAAGAUGCUAUGGAAGUAACAACUACUUCUACUCGUCAAGGGAAGUUCGAUGCUCGAUUCUUCCACUUAGUAUUUGAAGAGGAGUUUGGACGUGUUAAAGGACAUUUUGGCCCAAUCAACAGUUUGGCUUUCCAUCCUGACGGAAAGAGUUAUGCUUCUGGGGGUGAAGAUGGUUACGUACGGGUACAGAGUUUUGACCAAUCUUACUUUGAUUAUACUUUCGAUUACAACCGUGAUUAAUUUGUGAGUAUUAAUAACUUCCAACUGUACCUUCUUGUCUAAGUAAAUAUAAAUAAAUGAUUUCUA